AUGCCGUCCUGCUGGAAAUGGCUGCGAUGCAAAUCGCCUAUCCCCAAGGCAUCGAAAGCGUCAAAAACAAAAACAGACGCGGCUCCGACAUCCCCCGCUCCCGAAGCGGCUAGCGGCUGUCUACCCGUCGCGGGGCGGCAAACGUUGACUUUGACGCCAUCUGUUGAACUUGUUGAACCUGCCACUCCAGGUACCGGCCAAGGUAGCACGUCUUCAUCAGAACGGGCUCAUGACGGGCUUCAAAUGGGGCCCGAGCUGAUGGAGACUCUCAAGCGGAAUGUCGCUUCGGAAGAUGGGCUGACCGAGUCUCAAGGGGUGAGCGAUGGCCACCGGAAGAAACCUCGGUUGAGUCAGGAUCCUUGUCCCACCCGCGUCGAUAGAGCUGGACCUGCAUCAGAACCUGGAUUAGGAUCUGGUUUUGACUCCGAACCCGCGUUGUGCGAGUCUCCCUUGCAUUUCGCGCUACAGGGUGGCCGGGAUGAUGUCGUGAAGGCUCUGCUGGCUGGGGGUGCGGAUGUGGAGCACAUGGAUAAUCUCGGUCGCACCGCUCUAUUCUACGCCGUGCUAGGCACCGAGGACUCACUACGAUCAAUCCUCAACCAGGCCGCGAAUAUCCACCAUAGAGAUCAUCGCGGCUUGACAUCUUUGCUUUACGCUGUAUAUCACCGACGCGAUCGUGCCGUGCGCAUCCUGCUAGCAUACGGCGCCGAUGUCACUGCAACAAGCAAUAUCGGCGACAACGCGCUGCGCUUGUGUGUGGAUAUCCAAUCUCCCAAAUCAGGAUGCCAGGGGACGAUCGAGGCCUCGCUGAGCAUGAUGAAAUUACUCCUGAACCACGGAGCCGAGCUGAACAUCCGCAGCACGGCCUUCGAUAUGACACCAUUACUGAACACCGCGGCAUUUUCCGACUUUGUCGCCGGCGCUCAGUUGUUGAUUGAGAACGGCGCGGGCAUCGAAGAAGUCGAUCUCAUGGACCGCACGCCGCUCCUCAACGCGUGUAAUACUUUCAAAACAACCGACGGCAGUAUGGCGCGACUCCUCUUACAACAGGGCGCCGAGGUCGAGCACAGAGACCACAAGGGCAGGACAGCGUUGGCGUUGGCUGCCUCAAGGGGUCAAGACAUGACUGUCCGUAUUCUACUUCGCCAUGGUGCGAAUAUCGAGGCUCGGGACCUCGUCCUGAGAACUCCGCUUAUGCAUGCCGUACGGGAAGGCUGGCCCUCCGUGGCAAAUGUGCUUUUGGAAAAUGGCGCUAGGGUGAAUGUCAUGCAACGAACGGGUCUGACCCCUCUCGCUGUGGCCAUCAAGGCUCUUCGCAGAAUCAUCGAACAUUCAAAACGACACUCCAACCAGCGCCAUGUCAAGGUUAUCGGCCAGCUGCUUUCCUACGGGGCCGAUGUGAAUCUCAUUGGAGACGAGGCGCGUCGCAUAUUGAAUGGGAUUAGUCAACGGAAUGGUGAUGGCUGGUCAUUGUCCGAAAAGGUCGUGGCGGAUGUCAUACGCGAGGCAGAGUCGUCGACUCGGAAUAGCAUUUGA